AUGUUAGAAGCACGAUUGGAACAGGCGGCGGUCCUGAAGAAGGUCGUCGACGCGAUCAAAGACUUGGUGCAAGACUGCAACUUCGACUGCAAUGACAGUGGUAUCGCGCUGCAGGCGAUGGACAACAGCCACGUUGCGCUGGUGUCCAUGAUGCUGAAGGCCGAGGGUUUCGUGCCGUUCCGCUGCGACCGCAACAUCGCGCUCGGUAUCAACCUCACGUCACUCACCAAGGUGCUGCGGGCGGCACAGAACGAGGACAUCCUUACCCUCAAGGCUGAGGACGCGCCCGACGUUCUUAACCUCGUUUUUGAGAGUGCCGACACCGACAGGAUCUCCGAGUAUGACCUCAAGCUCAUGGACAUUGACCAGGAGCACCUGGGCAUUCCGGACACCGAGUAUGCGGCCACUAUCUCUAUGCCGGCGGCUGAGUUCAAGCGCAUCACAACCGAUUUGAUGGCGAUGUCGGAGUCCGUCACGAUCGAUGCGAGCAAGGACGGCGUCAAGUUUUCGUGCCAAGGUGAUAUCGGCAACGGGUCUGUCACGCUCCGCCAACAUUCCAAUGUGGACAAGCCGAACGAGUCGAUCGAGAUCGAGCUCAGCGAGCCCGUCCAACUCACAUUCUCGCUUAAGUACCUCGUCAACUUCUGCAAGGCCUCGGCCCUCUCCAACCAGGUCAAGAUCUGCCUCUCGAAUGAGGUGCCUCUGCUGGUGGAGUACACUCUGGCGGGAAGCAGUUACUUGCGUUUCUACCUUGCGCCGAAGAUUGCUGUCUUUAGCUUGCAGUCACUCGGGUGUGAUGUGGCCGCGCUGAAUACCGUGCAGUUCAGCAACCACACGGGGUACCGACAAUGGACAGGCUCGCGCGUCUCGGCCGAGGAAAUCACCGAUCUCUACAAGGGCCUCACGCAGUCCUACCUGGACGAUUUUGACAUGAUGCUAUCCGGAUAUGUGCCCGGCGCGCCGGCGCUUGAGGCGGUCGGGGCCAUCGCACGGGAUCUCAAGAACAAGGCGAAGGCAAAGCCGGGGAGCUUCUUCUGGGUACUGGACCCAGUGAUGGGCGAUAAUGGCUCGCUCUACGUCGCGCCGGAUGUUGUGCCGGUGUACAAGAGUCUGGCGCACUAUGCGGACCUGAUUCUGCCGAAUCAGUUUGAAGCCGAACUCCUCUCCGACGUACCAAUAACCGACAUGGCCUCGAUCGGCCGCGCCAUCCAAGCCAUGCACACGCGCUACAAGAUCCCGCACAUCGUCAUCACCUCAGUUUCCAUCCCACACCCCGAUCACCCGACCGCCUCACUCUCUGUCGUCGGUUCUACCAUCACCUCCGACGGCAGCGCCCGCGCCUUCAAGAUUGUCUUCCCGGCCAUCGACUGCUACUUUUGCGGCACCGGCGACAUGUUUGCCGCGCUCAUGGUGGUGCGCAUGCGCCAGGCUGUACACGCCGCGUCCUCGUCUGCUGCUGGUGGUGUGAGCUUGGAGCAGCGGGAGUCGUGGGUCAGCGAUGACUCAGUGGAAGCCGUGGAUCUGCCUUUAGCGCGAGCCGCGGAGAAAGUGCUGGCUAGCAUGCACGAGGUGUUGGGGCAGACGGCAGAGCGGAGAGCGGCUGUGGUGGAGGCUGCUGAGAAGGAGGUUGGAGGAGAUGAGAAGAAGUUGUAUUUGCUGAAGACGAAGGCGGCGGAACUGAGGUUAGUGCGACACCUGGAUAGUUUGCGAUUUCCAAAGGUUGAGUUUAGGGCGACUGCGUUGUGA